AAUUCACCAACAAUCCAUCUUCACUAUAUUCGGCUCAUAAAAACUACCCCUCAGGAAUACAAUUUGCAACCUUUGUUUUCAUGCUUAGUUUAUGAAAAUAAUUAUUGAGAUGAUUCGGAGUUCGUCUCUCUUUGCAUUUCUCUUCUUCAUUUCUUCUUGUGUUUCCGAGCAAGCUCCUUAUACCUCGUUUGCCAAGAAUGCAACAUUAGCUCCGACGACGGAGUACUUUGAUUACAUAGUCAUCGGCGGCGGAACCGCCGGGUGUGCAUUAGCGGCGACUCUAUCGGAGGGGGCGAAAGUUUUGUUGUUAGAGAGAGGCGGUUUGCCGUACGGAAACCCUAACAUAACCAACAUAGACGGCUUCGCCAGAACCCUCGCCGACACAUCUCCAGACUCCGCCUCCCAGCUAUUCGUCUCCACGGACGGCGUUUUCAACCACCGGGCCCGCGUUUUGGGCGGCGGCUCCGCCUUGAAUGCCGGGUUCUACACUCGGGCGAGUCGAGGAUACGUGGAAAACGUGGGGUGGGAUCAGGCACUGGUCAAUGAGUCGUACGAAUGGGUGGAGAGGAAAGUGGCGUUUCAGCCGCCUAUGCUGGCGUGGCAGUCAGCGGUGAGAGAUGGGCUUCUAGAAGCCGGAGUGUUGCCGUACAAUGGGUUUACGUACGAACAUCUGUACGGAACUAAGGUUGGCGGCACAAUCUUUGACGAAAAUGGGUAUAGACACACCGCCGCCGACUUGUUGGAAUACGCUGAUCCCACCAAAAUCACCGUCUAUUUGUAUGCAACCGUGCACAAAAUUUUCUUCAAGAAAGAAGGAGAUCCUAGAGCUUAUGCGGUGUUCUACAGAGACUCCGGCGGGAACCGGCACCUGGCUUACCUGAACAAUGGGCCCAAUAACGAGGUAAUCCUGUCGGCCGGUGCAUUGGGAAGCCCACAAAUGUUGAUGCUAAGCGGAAUUGGGUCGGCCCAACAACUAAAAGCCCUUAACAUUGAGGUGAUUCUAAACCAGCCCAUGGUUGGGCAGGGUAUGUCCGAUAAUCCAAUGAAUGCGGUGUUUAUUCCUUCUCCACAGCCCGUUGAGGUUUCACUGAUUCAGGUGGUUGGGAUCACAAGUUUUGACAGCUACAUAGAAGCAGCCAGUGGGUCCCUCGAGCUGGCUUGGAUACACAGAAUGGCUGCUGACUUUGAAAGACUGGCUAAUCAGAGCAGUAAGCCUAUGACUAUCCCUACGUCGACCAACACGAGCUUAAACACAGCUUCAACAAGAGCAACCAUAACCGGAUACAUACAAGCUAGCGUCGAUGCUGGCAUAAUACUGGAGAAGGUAGCGGGCCCAUUCUCUACGGGCUAUCUCGAGCUCGAAAGCAGGAACCCUUCCGAGAACCCAAGGGUGACGUUCAACUACUUCAAAGACCCACGAGACCUACGCAGGUGCGUUGAAGGGCUAGAGGUCAUAUCCAGGGUCAUCCUGUCAAGGUCUUUCUCCCGGUUUCGUUACCCUCUGACCUCUCCACAGGCUCUGAUCAGUGCCAUGUUGACCCUGCCCUUGAACCUUAGACCAAAACACGUCAGCGCCACUGUGUCACUGGAGCAGUUUUGUAUCGACACUGUCAUGACUAUAUGGCACUACCAUGGCGGCUGCCAAGUUCAUAAAGUUGUUGAUAAAGACUAUAAGGUUAUUGGAGUCAAAGCCCUGCGGGUCGUUGACGGUUCCACUUUUGUUAAUUCUCCUGGAACCAAUCCUCAAGCUACUGUUAUGAUGCUUGGAAGGUAUAUGGGAAGGAGAAUCUUGGAUGAGAGACAAAUUAUCCGACCAUAGGGAGUAGUCAAGUGGACCAGUUGUUGAGAAUUGUUAAAUUUUUGUGUGUAUCGCCAGUUAGGAUAUGUUAAGAACUUUAAGAUCGUUUAAUUGUAUGAGAUAUAUCUUAUGUAUACAUUAUUAAAGCACUGCUUUUCUGGCGGAUCCAGAAAGUCGGAGCCAAGGGGACCCUAUUUUAAACAAAUCUACGCUUUUUGGCUUCAAUUACCUUAAAACGAAAAUCAUGAUCCCGAGGUUGAAACGGUCCUUUUUU